GCGUCACUGUGAUCACGGUCACACUCGCAGCAACGGUGGUGUUAGUAGAGCGAAAAAAUUCAGCAGUUGAAUUAAUUGAAUUCACGCCAAUUUCUGCACUUGGCAGAAGAGCAGGGAAGCAAUGCAUGUGUGAUCCGCAGGCCGCUCGCCGACGCACAAGAGCAGGAUGCACUUUUCCAUACCGGACACGCAGGAGAUGGGCUCUUCGCCCACCUACACGGCCUACAACCUACACAUCAACGGCUGCUAUCACAGCGUCUUGCGCUACAAGCAGCUGCACUCCUUGAACGAGCAGCUGCGCAGGCACUGUGUGGGCGUUCCCCUGCCGCCGUUUCCGCCCAAGCGUCUUCUGCCGCUGACCAGUGGCCAGUUGGAAGCGCGUCGCAGUGCCCUGGAGCAGUACCUGCAGGCGGUGGGUCAGGACGGCCGUCUUGCCCGAUCCGCCCACCUGCAGCAGUUCUUGCAGCGGGCCCAACUGGACUCGGCCCUCGCCGAAGGCCAGGUGGCCAGCGAUUGCGAGGAACAACAGCUGGAGGUGCAGGUCUACACGAGUCCCGCAGGUGAACGCAUCCUGGUCAGUUGUUCCGUGCAGCAGAACGCCAGAGCUCUGCUGAGAAGCGUCUGUCAGGACCUUCAGCUGCCCGAGGAGCUGGUGCGCUUUUUCUGCCUAUUUCUAGUGCGACGCCAGCGGAAAUCCGACGAACUGCACCUGGUUCGUCGCCUCAUGCCCUUCGAGUCGCCGUACAUAACUCGUCUGCAUACACAGCCCUGCGAGCUGUUGCUCCGUACCUGCUACUGGGACUCGAAUAUAGAUACCAAGCUGACUGUGAGCAAGGUGGCUCUGAAUCUGCUGUACAACCAGACCGUGGCGGAUGUAAGCCGCGAGUGGGUGGUCAUCUGUUCGCCCAACGAAGGCCACCAGCUAAGCUGCCUGCAGUCGCAUGGAAGACAGCGCGAGUACAUGGACCUGGUGCGCCAGUUGCCCUCCUAUGGUUGUUUGCAGUUUGAUGAGGCGCAAGUGGAUUAUCCUGAGCCAAAUACGAUGGCGCUAGUCAGCAUUGGCAACAAGGAGUUAGGACUGCGCACGGUACGCGGCGCCAAGAUCUACGAGACCAAGUUCCGGGUGACUAGAAUGCGGUCGUGGCGCGUCAGCGUCACCCACAACACACUGGAAUCGCGUCUGCAGCCCUUGCACCUCCAACUAGCUUUCGAGUAUCUAAUUGGCAAGCAGACGCUGCGCUGGAUAACCAUCAAUAGCGAGCAGGCCAUGCUGAUGUCCGUUUGCCUGCAGGCAAUGGUCGACGAACUGUUGCAUCGUGGAGAAGGCGGGAAAGCGUAUUCCGGCAGCGACGACGAACAGGAGCUCACGGCGGUCACAUCGUGCUCAUCGACGCCGAGUUCAACGUGCUCCACAUCUACGUGGGCAUCUUCCUCGUGUUCUACGUCCACGGCGCCCACAACGCCGCCAGUUAGGUUUCUGUCUGAGGAUUCGGCUCCAAGAUCCAAGCCUAGGAUGACGACCUCCCGCACUUUUGGUGCUGUGUUCUUUCGCAACGACGUCGUUGACAAUGGAGCUAGGGUGUCUAACGAGGCGUUUGAAGGCAUCGGGGACGAUGAUCUAUGAAUGUGCUAAGGGAAUGCUUGCCGUGAGUUGCCAAAACCGAUUGCUUUUUCCGAGAAAAGGGCCGCCAAACUAGUUUAAAUACAGAAGCAGCUUAACUCAUUUAAUUAAGGUUAAAGAUUUUAUAUGUGUGUUAUACAAAGACACUAUCUCUCUGCUACUUGCAAAAGUUACGAAGCCUAAAUAAGAUUUAUGCAGUAUCCUCUGUUUAAUCGUAAAACAGUGCAAAAAUGUGGUGUAAGAAAUGAAUGCUCAAGACAAAUGACACGUCUUAACAUGAUUAUUUAUAUCUAAAUGUUGAAUUAUUGUAAAUGAUCUGUAAAUGGAACUUUGACGAAACCUUUUACUCUUUUAUCAUUUUUGGUAUUGUAAUAUAUGUAUGUACGUAACAUUUCUUUAUUUUAGGGAUAGAUAAAAAAUAUGUUAUGCAUUUUACAAAAUAAAUGUACUGAUAACUAUGGUAAAUGGAAUGAGAAGUCAAAAUGGACUUUUCGUUAAACAAAAAUAAAUGUACAUUCCCUUA